CGAGACUUGUGCCUGAGUGAAAACAUGUCGACGUUCAAGAGAAAACGUGGAGGACCGGGUCCUGGUGAUAAAAAGUCUAAGAAAGUAAAGUUUGUCGCUGAUGUCAGUGAACCACCGGCUGAAACCAACCAGGAGAAGACAAAUGAAGUCACGAUUCCUCCGCCGGUUUCCAUGGGCAAAUGGACCAACAAGGAAAGGGUACUCAUUUUCUCCUCCAGAGGCAUCAACUUCAGGACACGACACUUGAUGCAGGAUUUGCGGAAUUUGAUGCCUCAUUCAAAAGCAGAUACGAAAAUGGAUAGAAAGGACAAACUGUUUGUUGUCAAUGAGGUAUGUGAAAUCAAAAACUGCAACAAGUGCCUCUUCUUUGAGGCUAAAAAGAAGCAAGAUUUGUACCUGUGGGUUUCAAACAGCCCUCAUGGACCCUCUGCAAAGUUCUUGGUUCAGAACAUUCACACACUGGCUGAACUCAAAAUGACAGGAAACUGCCUUAAAGGAUCCCGGCCACUGCUGUCAUUUGAUCCUAAAUUUGACUCAGAGCCUCACUAUGGUUUACUGAAGGAGCUCUUCACACAGACCUUUUCUACUCCACGGUACCACCCCAAGAGUCAGCCCUUUGUGGACCACGUCUUCACCUUCACUAUAGCAGACAACAGGAUCUGGUUUAGAAACUACCAGAUCAUCGAGGAGGAUGCUUCUCUUGUGGAAAUAGGCCCUCGCUUUGUUCUCAACCUCAUCAAGAUCUUUCAGGGAAGCUUUGGAGGGCCAACUCUUUAUGAAAACCCAGACUUCCAAUCUCCCAAUAUGCACCGGCGACAGAUCCGACUCGCAGCAGCUGCCAAAGUACGCGAGAAACAGAUGGUGAAAGAGCUUCAGAAAAUGAAGAAGGCUGAGGCAAACGUGGCUGUGGACAAAGAUGUAACAGCUGACGUCUUUUUAACACCAGCUGAGGAAAAGCCUGUUCACAUUCAGACAGAAGCACCAGAGCCCAAAGUGGUUAAGAAGAACAAACACAAAGCCUUUAAAAGACAGAGGAUGCAGAUGGCUCGCAGGUAACUCAAUGGACUGGAGACUGAGAAUGACACAGUGUCGUGACAUGAAUGCGUCUGGAAACAUUCAGAGCUUUUUUGAAGUUAAAGUGAGAAAUUUCACUGUCAUGGACUUAAUGGAUACUCGUGCGCAGUAUUUGUCAACCCUUUUUGACCAAAUAACAUUGAAUCUGUGUCAAAGUGUGUUUGUUGAGUAUUAAAAAAAACGAUUUUCUAUGUUAUUGAAAUAAAAAAAGAAGGUCCAACAUGC